AUGGCAAGAGCAGCUCUUCAAGAUCAUGACAGCAAGCCUCCAAACAAGAAUCCUUGCAAAUAUGGAAGCUCACACUUAAGGCAAGCCUUUGCAAGAAUCAUGGAUCCUACAAAAUCUGCUCCGGUUCCUGUUAUGAGAAGUCAUGACAUAAUGGGCAUUGUGGAUGGUUCUGAAUCAUGCCCUACCACUUUGAUCUCUGAUUCUCGAGGCAAAGAGGUUCCUAAUUCAGCUUAUGCUCUAUGGAUAAAGAAGGACCAAUUCCUUCUCGAAUGGAUCAAUAUGACCCUAUUUGAAUCAGUGCUUUCCACAGUUUAUGGAUUGCAAACUUCUCACCAAGUGUGGAUUGCCCUUGCCAGUCGAUUUGCAUCACAGUCUAGAUCUCAUGUCUCUCACAUAAAGAGACAAUUGCAGUCCCUUUUUCAAGACACCAAAUCAUGUUCUGAAUACCUGCAAAGUGCUAAAGUUCUAGCAGACCAACUUGUUGCAAUUAGUGGCCUUAAUCCUUCCUUCAAUGGAUUUAUCACUUCUUUCUCUCUUGCAACAAGAAACAAUCCUAUAACAUUUCUUGACUUUCAAGAUGAGUUACAUAGUCAUGAAAUGCUCCUCAAACAACAAACUCCUCCUAUUCCAACAAACUUUGCUCUAUUUAUGCCAAAUUCCAACUCCUCACAACAAAACAUAUUUUCCUUACGUAAUGGAGCACCCCACUUCCACAAGAAAGGCAAAAAUCCUAAAACAUACAAUUACCCUCCAAGAAAUGGGCCCUUUAAGCCCUCUGCAGAUUCAGCACCUAAGCCACCACAGCAAAACAAUGCUUAA